AUGUCAAUUGAAGCCAAGAAAUCCAAGUAUGCAUCAAAGGAAUUAUCGCUCAGAACUCUUGUAACGAUUGCCACAUUUGAAGAAAAAGAAAAGCUCUCCACGUAUAAAAAUCCCGGCUUUUUUGACUCAUUAAUGGCAUCUCUAUUAUCCAUCAAAGUCUCUUUAGACACAACGUACUGUCUUGAAGCAAGCAAAAAGCAUAGAGUGGAAAAAAAAACUAGAGCAAUUCUGCAUAUCAUUCAUCAUUUAUAUGCAGCCCGUGGCUUACCUAUGCUGAUGCCCAGGGAAUUCGAUGUGGACGAGGCAAAUGUACUGCUAUCCCUCUCGCUGUACCAGCAGUCUAUUUGUGAUCGUAUCCGAAUUCGUGCGCAGAUUUGCACAAAAUCUUUGCUAGCAUCUAGACUCAUUAACGAUGCAUUUUCAAACUUUUCUCAACUAGAGGAAAUGCUCUGCUCUUCUUUGGAACUGAGCUUUUCAAACAACCAUAUCUUUACCGUCAAUGAAGCCACUUAUUUUCUUUGGCUUGUUGGGCUGCUGUCAUAUGAUACUUGUAAGAGCCCAAUUCGUUUGGUUGCUAGCACAUUAUCAACUCCACAUCAUGGCGUGUGCAAAAGAGCCGAGUCCGUGUCGGUGCUUGGAACGCUCGUAAAAUUUAUGCAUUCAAAUACGGUGUCUUUGGUUCCGUGUUUCAUAUGCAAUGAUAUCUUUUCUGUGGCGUGUAACUAUCUAAUCGGGAAUACCGGAGUUGAAGAAAAAUCCAUUUACGAGUCCCUAUUGAUAAUCAAGCAUUUGUUGUGUCGCAUACCAUUUAACAAACCCACUGCCAAACUGCUAAAGCUGUCCUUUGAAGCCUGUUUUCCGAAAAUAAUUCAAACGUCGGCAUCCUGCUCACUGCUUGCGUCUACAUUGUGCGAGCUUAUCAGAUCAAAGCACGAUUUUUUCCUUUUCUUUCUUCCAUUCAUGCUGCAUUUGCUUGAAGAAGCAAUUGAAAAUCCUCUUCUAAUGGCAGCUUCAUUUUCUGUUUUGCAAGCUAUUCGAAAAUCUUCAUUGGAGGUCUAUAGACAGGUUUGGUUAAAAAACGGCCUUUCAUGCUUGCUUAAGCAAUAUAAACAAAAGAACCUGAUGAGUACAUUGGACCUUCUGUGUCCGUUAUUUAUGUAUUCUGGUGGUGUUGAAUGGCUACUUCAGUCGCAAGACGAACUUUGUUAUAUCCUUAGGGACAUCAUUGAUGCUUGCUUAUCUUUUCUCUCCCCUGAUGCGUACCAAAAAGACAUACUCGAGGCAAAUUGUACAGAAACCUGCAUUCAUAUUAAGGGUAUACUAUCGUUUUUUCGUCUUGGUGCAAAUAAAAUCGAAUGGAUUAAUUUUUGCCAUGUAUCUACGCGCGGGAAAUUGCUUUGUUGCCUAUCCUUGAUUGCCUUUAAAUCGAUCGAAGAUGGCAAUUUAAACGAGAAAUUCGCCCAAUCGCUUCUCAUCUUGUGGAGCUAUUGCAAACCCGGGGACUUGCAGAUCUUUACGUUAUGGCCUAUUGUGAUCAAAUUGAGAUCAAGCGCUGAAAUUAUACCGGAAAAUUUCCGGUCCAUUGUUGAGUAUUCAAAAUCGAUUGAAAGAAAUUUUGGCCUUUCAAUUUCCUCGUUUGCUUUUCCAUAUGCAGCUUACCAUCAUCGACUUGAUCUUAAAUUUCGGUUCUUUCUGCUAUCUUUAUAUUUGGCAAAAAACUUUCAGCAACUUUUUGAGGAUCCCAGCACCAGCUUGGGGUUUGCAUUUGAGGGGACACUGAUUGGGAAUUCUACAGUUCUUCAUUAUUUUGCCAAAACAGGCAAUAAAGUCAUCGUUCCUGAAUGUUGGGAGUAUUCCUUUCUCGCGCUUUUAUAUCAAGAUCAUCUUUACUUUGAAUCGGAGGCCUCUUUUUUGCUUAAAAUUCCAGAUGAACGGUGCAAAUUCUGCAGCGUCGCAUCGCUUGUCCAUUAUUGCAACUACUUAAACAUUACCUUGCCCAUUUCGUUUUUAUUUUGUUGCCUAAGGAAAUCGAUCAUAUUGCAUUUAUUCAGUCCAUCUGGACGGAAACAUGCGUUAUCCGCCUGUAUUUUCGGCCUGUUUAGACUUUCGCCAUUUACUGAAAGAUUUAAAUUGACCUUGAGCCGGCUACUAUUUGCGGCGCAUUUCGAAGAUGUUGAGACUUGUGUUGAUCUUAUUUAUGACAUUUUAAGGGUUUAA